UAAAACUAAAUCUGAUUGGCCGCUGCCGGCGAAGAAGCAUCUGCGGCUCGCGCUGUGACAGCUGUCCUCGCGCACUCCGCUCGCGCUGGACAACAGAGAGACUCGAGCACAUCAAAGAAUUAUGGCUGCCAACAUGGGGUCCAUGCGUAUCCUCAUCAAAGGAGGGAAGGUGGUCAACGACGACUUCACCCAGGAGGCAGAUGUCUACAUUGAGAAUGGCAUCAUUCAGCAGGUUGGAAAGGAACUGAUGAUACCAGGAGGAGCUAAAGUGAUUGACGCCUCUGGGAAGCUUGUGUUGCCGGGCGGAAUAGACACUAGCGUGCAUCUGCAGGAGUCCUUUAUGAACGCUUCAAUCCAGGAUGACUUCUACAGUGGAACCAAGGCAGCCUUAAUGGGUGGCACCACCAUGGUGAUGGCUCUGGUCCUGCCUGAACAACACUGCUCCCUACUGGAUGCCUACGAGAAGUGCCGAGCUCUGGCGGAUGCCAAAGUGUGCUGUGAUUACGCUCUUCAUGUCGGCGUGACCUGGUGGGGACCAAAGGUGCAUAACGAGAUGGAAACCCUGGUGAGGGAGCAAGGGGUCAACUCCUUCCAGAUGUUCAUGGCCUACAAAGACUUAAUGAUGCUGAGGGACUCUGAGCUCUACCAGACUCUGCAGACAUGUAAGGACAUCGGAGCCAUUGCACGCGUCCACACCGAGAACGGAGAGCUGGUGGCCGAGGGUGCCAAAGAGGCCCUGGAUUUGGGCAUCAGUGGACCAGAGGGGAUCGAAGUCAGCCGACCAGAGGAGCUGGAGUCUGAAGCCACUCACAGAGCCAUCACCAUCGCCAACAGGGCACAUUGUCCCAUAUACCUGAUCAAUGUGUCCAGUAUGUCUGCUGGCGACAUGAUUGCUGCUGCUAAAAUGCAGGGAAAAGUGGUCCAUGCAGAGACCACAGUAGCUCAUGCAGUGUUGAAUGGAAUGCAGUAUUAUCACCAGGACUGGGCCCACGCUGCCGCCCACGUCAUCGUCCCUCCUCUCCGCCUCGACCCCAACACACCCAGCUACCUCAUGGGCCUGCUGGGCAAUGACACUCUGAGUGUUGUGGCAUCAGAGCACCGUCCAUUUAGCACCAAGCAGAGGGCUUUAGGCAAAGAGGACUUCACCAAGAUCCCCCAUGGAGUGGCUGGAGUUCAGGACAGGAUGAGUGUCAUUUGGGAGAGGGGAGUGGUAACUGGAAAGAUGGAUGAGAAUCGUUUUGUGGCAGUGACGAGCUCUAACGCUGCAAAGAUCUACAAUAUGUACCCGCGCAAAGGCCGCAUCAUUCCGGGAGCCGACGCAGACGUGGUGGUCUGGGACCCAGAUGCCAUGAGGACCAUCUCUGUAAGCACACAGGUGCAGGGCGGAGACUUCAAUCUGUACGAGGGAAUGCGUUGCCAUGGUGUUCCCUUGGUCACAAUCAGCCGAGGCCGUUUGGUGUGCGAGAAUGGUGUGUUUAUGUGCGCUGAGGGAUCAGGAAAGUUCUACCCACAGCGCACCUUCCCUGAUUUCCUUUACAAGAAGAUGGUGCAGAGAGAAAAGACUCAGGCCUGUAAAGGGGUCGACAGGGAUCCCUACUCUGGUGAUGUAGCCAAAGUAGCAAAUGCUAUUAAGAAAGAGCUCGGUCUGGGCCCCAUAGAUGGAGAGACACCCAAUAAACCCUGCGCACGGGUAUACCAGGGGGUCCGAGACCUCCACGAGUCCUCCUUUAGCCUCUCAGGGACUCAGGUCGACGACCAUAUCCCUAAGAGGUCCUCGGCUCGAAUCCUGGCCCCUCCAGGCGGUCGCUCCAGUGGAAUCUGGUAAUCGUGGGUCCUGGAGCUUCAACAGUUUGAGCCUUCCUGUUUUGUAAAUUUUUGAACAACCAGGAAAA